UUUGCCAGCUUUAUAGAUUAUAACCAGACACAUAUAAAACGUUUUAGACAACUAAAAAUGGAAAUGAGACACACUGGCGAUAUGAAACGAAUUAUUUAAAGCAACAGCUUUUUGUCGUGUCCGUUUUGAAACGUUAUUAAGCAAACACAAGGUAUCUUUCGUUCUCGGUGCUGCAUCGCUGCUGGGUGUGCGUGUGUGCGUACGCAUGUAAGGCAGCCGUAGCACCACGCCAUAGAAACACCAAGUCCCUUUAAAGCACAGAGGGAAACCUGUAAUGGACGGGGUUUUCGGCGUUUCUAGCAACAAAGGAAUCAGGAAGAGGUAUUGAAAGAAAAAUCCGACCAACACAGCCCAGCUGGGCGAGGCUCCGCACUUGGCGAGCGUGCCAGCGUUCCCCUCGCUGCGCGCCGCCUCUGCGGGCAGAGCUGCCCGGCGGGAGCGCGGGUGGCGCGGUGCCGGUUGCCGCCCGCCGCGCAGCCCGCCAGGUCUCUUCCGAACCGCGUCCCCCCAGUGAGACUUUAUUCUUUGGAUGUGGACAGCGAUGUCAGUGGUUGCAAAAACAGGCACCGACUGCAGCCAAAGGCUAGCUGUGCAGAGCCCCGCCGGCGAGCGCGGGCAGCGGCGUGGCCGCGGGGGCGGGCGAGGAGCGGGCAACUUUGGGAAUCGUGGUCAGUAGAAGGCAGAGUUCGGGUUUUUUUUGUUUCCCUCCCAGUGAAAUGAGUUCUCUUCCUAUUUGCAUGAGCCGAAGUUGUUUUGAGUAAUUUGCCUGUUAGCAGUGUUAUGCAAAUGUUAGCAAGCUAUUUAAAGGGGGAAAUAGAAAAAAAGCUGUGUGUUCUCACAGGGCCGGGGAAAUCCUAUGUCCCUUUGCAUUAGAGAGAUGAGAUCACAGCGAUUACUCACCUGCCCGGCCUCUCCUACACCCUUGAGCAACGCACAGCACAAUCUUUCCCAGCCCAACCUUAAACACUUGGCAAACGUGGCCGAUUUAAACAGCAGUGGAAGAGAUUCUAGUGUAGUCACAGGCUUACAGAAACUGUGUCAUUCUGUCACCGGGACCACUGAAAGAGAAACACGAAAUCGGAUAUUAAGGCGGGAUCCCCCGUAUUUGCCUCAGCAGCCGCAACGCUCGGGAAUCCCACCGACAGCCUCGGUGGCAGGACGCCGCGCAGUCGUCACGGAGGCAAAGUGAGGCGAUCCGCGGGUUUACAAAAUCCUGAAAACGAGACAUUUGAGCUUAGCAAGCCCAGCCAGGAAAAAAAACACACCAGGAGCUGCCCCCGUCACUGUGCAUGCGCUGCCUGGCUGCGGAGGACCGGCGGCGCGGGCCGGGGAGGAGGGCGAGGGCGCGAUCUGGCGUUCGAGUUUCCAAACAUAGCCGGCAGCGCGAGCUGCCCGCCGCCCCGCCGUGCCCCGCCGCGCUCCAGCUGCCGGCCGCGCAGGGGAGGGCGCGGGCAGAACGCCGGGCAUGCGCGCCCCGCGCAACAAGUCGGCUCCGCGCCGCCGGCCGGGGGGAGGGGAGCGAGGGCGGCGCUCGACGAUGACGCGGGGCCACGCCCGAGUGCAGCCGAGCCGAGAGCGGGGCGCGGAGGCGGGGCGGCGCGGGGGGAGCGCGGCGCGGCGCGUCGGAGGGGGCGCGCAGCCACACGCGGCGGCGCGCAGCACCCCGCGCUUGGACUGCGAGCGGCGGCGAGGAUGUGAGUGAGAAGCAGGCGGCGCCGCUCGCCACGCUGCUGCCGCCGCUACCCCCGGGCUGCUCUCGCUCCGUCGGCGCUCGGGGAAGCCGCUGCCGGGACCGGACAGCUCCGUGCGGAUCCCCCUGUUUGGCUCGCGGCGCUAGAUCAGCACGUAGCGAAGAGCGAGCUCGCGAGGCGGCCGCCGCGGGUGGAAGGUGACCCCCCCAUCUUCCUUCGUGCACCUCCGCCUCCUCCCGGAGGAGGAGCAGCAGCAGCGGAGAGCUAGAGAGCGCAGGGAAACAGAAGAGGCUAGAAGGCGACCCCCACCCAGCCCCCCGGAGUAGCAGUAGAAGCGGUUCCCACUCCACUGGGGCAGCAGCGGCAGGACUUGGAAGAAGUCCUUUCCGACAGCAGGAGCGAACUGAAAGCAGCCGAUCCCCCUGCUGAAAGGGGCAACAGGAUCAGGUACGGAGAGUUCCCCCUGCAGCCCGGGGGGGGAAGAUUGAGCCAGCCCCUACCCCGGCGGCAGCAGCUCCCUGGCCAGCAGCACCAUGUCCGCCGCGCAGGUGUCGUCGUCCCGGAGACAGUCAUGCUACCUGUGCGACCUGCCCCGCAUGCCUUGGGCCAUGAUCUGGGACUUCACGGAACCCGUAUGCCGGGGCUGCGUCAACUACGAGGGCGCCGACCGCAUCGAGUUCGUGAUCGAGACGGCCCGGCAGCUGAAGCGGGCGCACGGCUGUUUCCAGGACGGCCGCUCCCCGGGCCCCCCGCCGUCGGUGGGCGUCAAGGCAGUGCAGCUCGCCGCCAAAGAAGCGGCGGCGGCGGCGGCAGCGGCCCAGCAGCAGCUCAACCAUGUGGACGCCUCCUCUAAGGCAGCCUCGGCGGGGCUGACCCAGUCCAGCCUGGACCGCUACGGGCUCAGCGCCGCCGCGGCGGAGCAGCGCAGCCGCUUCGAGUACCCGCCGCCGCCGGGCAGCCUGGGCAGUAGCCACGGAGCCCGCCUGCCCAACGGGCUGGGGGGACCCAACGGCUUCCCUAAGCCGCCUGAGGACGGGCCGCCGGAGCUGAACCGGCAGAGCCCCAACUCCUCCUCCUCCUCUUCCUCCUCCCGCCGCGGGGCGCACGGGGGGCUGGUGUCCGGCCUGCCCCCGGGGGCCGCUGGCGCCCAAAUGAACGUGCCCCCCAACUUGCUGCCGCAGACCUUGCUCAACGGGCCCGCCGCCUCCGGCGUGGCGCUGCCGCCGCCGCAUGGGGGCCUGAGCGGCCGCGGUGGUGGGGGUCCCCCGGCUCCCUCCGCCUCCUCUCAAGGGGGCACCUGCGGCAGCGGUGGUGGCGCCGGGGGAGGGGGCGGAUCGUCUUCCGAGGCCUGCGGCAAACGCCCGGGUUCGGUGUCGAGCAGCGACCAAGAGCGGGAGCUGAAGGAGAAGCAGCGCAACGCGGAGGCGCUGGCCGAGCUCAGCGAGAGCUUGCGGAACCGGGCCGAGGAGUGGGCCAGCAAGCCCAAGAUCGUGCGAGACACGCUGCUCACUUUGGCCGGCUGCACCCCUUACGAGGUGCGCUUCAAGAAGGAUCACGCCCUGCUUGGCCGCGUCUUUGCCUUCGAUGCUGUCUCCAAGCCGGGCAUGGACUAUGAGCUGAAGCUCUUCAUCGAGUACCCCAGCGGCUCCGGCACUGUCUUCUCCAGCGCCUCCGGCGUGGCCAAGCAGAUGUACCAGGACUGCAUGAAGGACUUCGGCCGCGGCCUCUCCUCGGGCUUUAAGUACCUGGAGUACGAGAAGAAGCAUGGCUCCGGCGACUGGCGUCUCCUGGGGGACCUGCUGCCAGAGUCCGUGCGCUUCUUCAAGGAGUUGGUGGGCGCCGAUAUGCUCCCGCAGCCCUAUCUGGACGCCAGCUGCCCAAUGCUGCCCACGGCGCUGGUGAGUCUCCCGCGGCCGGGGGCCGGGGCUGGCGGGGCGCAGGGCACGGCCGCCGCCUCUAGGGGACCCGGCGGCGGCGGCGGUGGCGGCGGCGGGGCGAUGCGCAAGAGGAAAGCCUCUCCCGAGCCCUCGGACUCGGCCGAGGGGGCUCUGAAGCUCAGCGACGAGCAGCAACGGCAGCAGUGGAUGGCCACCCAGAGCGAAGCGCUCAAGCUCACCAUGUCGGCCGGGGGCUUCGGGGCGGUACACGGCGGAGGCCCCCCGCCGCCGCCGCCGCCGCCCCUCGGGCCUCACUCCAACCGGACCACGCCGCCCGAGUCCGCCCCCCAGAACGGACAGUCCCCCAUGGCCGCGCUCAUGUCGGUGGCCGACACGCUGGGCAAUGCCCACUCGCCCAAGGACGGCAGCUCGGUGCACUCCACCACGUCCACCCGCAGGAACAGCAGCAGCCCCGUGUCGCCGGCCUCGGUGCCGGGCCAGCGCCGCCUGGCCUCCCGCAACGGGGACAUGAACCUGCAAGUGGCCCCUCCUCCCCCCAGCGCCCACCCCGCCAUGGACCAAGUGCACCCCCAAAACAUUCCGGACUCCCCCAUGGCCAACAGCGGGCCCCUGUGCUGCACCAUUUGCCACGAACGCUUGGAGGACACCCACUUUGUUCAGUGCCCCUCUGUGCCCAGCCACAAGUUCUGCUUCCCUUGUUCCAGAGAGAGCAUCAAGGCCCAAGGGGCGACUGGUGAAGUCUACUGCCCCAGCGGAGAGAAAUGCCCCCUAGUCGGUUCCAAUGUGCCUUGGGCAUUUAUGCAGGGUGAGAUCGCCACCAUUUUAGCUGGGGACGUUAAAGUGAAAAAGGAGAGAGACCCUUGAGUAGGAAAUCCAAUCCCUUCAGACUCCUGAAGAUGUAGAAUUGUGAAUAUAACAAACUGCAAAAGUUAGUCUUAUGUAUAGACAUUAUUUUCGUCGUAUGUUUCUAUAUUUUGAAACAAAGGUAUGUACUCUUCUUCAUUUGAAGGAUAGAGCUGGUUUUUGUUAAACAGAAUAUAAUAUUGUUUGGUUACUACAUAAUACCUGUUCUCAUUUCUUUGGCAGUGUGUUGGCUAGGUACAAAGUUAAUAGCCCUUAGCGAUUACCUGCUGCUGGUGUGUAUUUUUGUAAAUGUAUGCACUUCUCUGAAAGAAGAAGAAAAACACAAAAAAGAAAAAAAAAAUUGCCAAGGCCAGUGUUGAUGCCUAAAAAAAUUGCUACAAAAAUGGUGACAGCUUCUGUUUUACAAGCCCUGAGUGUUAGUCUUUCACUUUAUUUUUUUUGUUUUUGUUUUUUUGUUUGCAAAAUGGUGGGGUGGCUCUGGGGGGAGGGUGUUUUUUGUUGCAAGUUUGUAAGGAAAAUGUUUCCGUUUGUUUCUAUUGAUCUGAACGUUUUUAAUCUUCAUGUGUUUUUUGUUUUUGCUUUUAUUGAUGCACGGAUGCUUUUGAACAGUAGAGCAAAAUGCUGUACAUGAAAAACAUGCUCUGUUUGUCCUUUAUACAUUUCUGUAGUUAACAGAACACUGUAAUGUGCCUUGGAGCUUAGUAAAUUGUAAUAAAUUCAAUUGAUAUUAAUA